UUUUUAGGACGAAAAUGAACUUAUAGCAUUAAAUUUUGGUCCAAAUUGGACUGAUAUUAGAUAAAAUUAAUUAAAAAUUGGUUUCUGGGAAGAUCAAAUUCGAAAUCUGCAAUAUGGGAGGUGCUGUAGUGUCUCGACUAAUUGUGCUCGUAGGAGGAACCCUAUACCCAGCAUAUGAAUCUUACAAAGCUGUCAAGAGCGCAAAUGUCAGACAAUAUGUCCGCUGGAUGAUGUACUGGGUUAUAUUUGCACUUUUUAUCACAGUCGAAACGUUCACAGACAUUCUGUUAUCCUGGCUUCCUUUUUAUUAUGAAAUCAAAGUUGGAUUCCUUAUCUGGCUUCUAUCACCGUAUACUAAAGGUGCAGCAUUUUUAUAUAGAAAAUUUGUACAUCCAACGCUAUCACGUAGAGAGCCUGAAAUCGACAGGUUUUUGACGUCAGCGAGAGAGCGAAGUUACGCUACGAUGGUUGAUGUUGGUACAAGAGGAAUCAAUGUCGCUGCCAAUGCUGUUGUAACAGCUGCUGUGAAAGGCCAAGCCGUCGUCUCAGACAGACUAAAAAGUUUUAGUGUCAACGACCUUUCAAGAUUAUCAGAUGAAACGCCAAUUCAUUCAAUGAAUCCACCUAUGCAAAGGGAACAUUUACACAGGUCUCCAUUAGAUCCUCAAAGAUUUGAAAGAAGCUCUCAACACCCGCAAUCUCAAAGUGCAAUGCAAACAGAAAUUCAAUACAGACAUUCUGCUGAGCAGGCCUCAGCCAUGAAUAAUGAGCCAUAUCAGAUGAUUCAUGCACCCACAGCACCAUCUAGUGGCCUUUAUCCUUCUGCUCCGUCCAGUGAGGGGUACAUGGUGACGGCAUCAGGUGACCACGGAGGCCAUAUUGGUGGCCAAUUCAAGGCAUACUCAAUGAUGAAUCUCUCUCAAGCAAGAGGGGAUGAAGGACACACUUUAAUGACCCGAACAAUAGAAUUCACAUCAGCUCCACCAGAAACUUCUGUGGACGACUCGAUGCUUCCCGACCAUCAUGAAUACAAUGUAUCAGGCGAUGACAGACCUUACGGUACAUUGCCGAGGCAGAGAAGGAAAAAGAGCAGUAAAAAACUUGGACUAUGGAAAAGAAGAAAGGACAAAGAAUCAACAUCAGUUCGAAGAUCAAAGCGACAUUCAAAAGCACAAUCAUAUCAUAAAGGAAGUUUAGAUGAGAGGGAUAGAGAAUGAGGUUACUAUGAGUCAUUGACCUGGAGUUAUGACCUUAGGGGUAACUCUGGGUCAUUGACCCUUGCUAUUGGUCAAUGAUUUGAUACAAUUUAUAAGACUAUCAGUGAACAACCAAGGAUGGCUUUUGGUUACUUUUUGGGGUUACUGUGGUUCAAAGAUGAAGGUUACUAUGGAUCAAUGACCCAAACCACUGUCCUUAAAGGUCAGUGAACUUUAAAAGUACUGGGAUUGAUGUUGCAAAGAAAUGUCAAUGGAAGCUUUUGAUUGGUUAGCUCAGUUACUUUUAUAUAUUGCUUUUAGUGCCAUUCUCUGCUGGUUAUUAUGAAGGGUUUGAAAUGAACUAUUUUUUGAUACGAAUAGCUUUAUAGGAAAUGCUUUAUGAAUGUUGCUUGAAAAAUCUGCUGAAUAGUUUGGGUGUUUUCUGCGUUUUUGGUACAAUUUUGCUGAGUAAGCGUAUUUUUAUAGUAUUUGAGCUUCAUAGCUUUGAUGAAUGAUAUGCAGGGUGUCCAUAAAGUUGCAAUUUGAAGUCAGUUCUUGAUACAUUCUCAACCAGGUUGGCUUUAUUUUAAUCAGUUGGGGGACUAUAUAUCGUAUAGACAAAUUCCUUUUGCAAUUGGACAAUUUUAGGACUUUAUGAACACACUGUAUAUGCUAGACCAGGGUUGAAUACUUUUUGAUAUUUCAGAUACAAAAUAGUUAUAAAUCUGGUUUUAAAGUUAAGUCUGGGUUGAAAAUCCUCGAUCAGGCUUAUUUCAUAUUCAAAUCAUAACACAUUUUUUGGUACUUCCUAAGUAUGUGAACCAAGAUGUCGAACACCGGAACGUAGUAUGUGUACCAGGUAAGGGUUAGGCCAUAAUUUCAGGAACAAAUACUACGAGAGUCGCUUGGAUAGCCCCUUAACUUGUAAUCUAACUAAAACUAGAGCUGCGUGCAGCUUUAACAGGCUUCCCGCGUAAAAAAAAAUUUGCAUUUCAUUGCUAGCUGAGAACUUCUGCACAUUUGAGGUGAAUUUCAAGUUUGUAGGACCAAUUUGAAAAA